AUGAGUGAGAGGAAUUAUAAUAGCUUGCCACGUGUCAAAAGAAGGGAGACAUGGCGGAAAAGGGGGCUGGACACAUGGUUCGGGCGGCCGAAGAAGGGCGGGAGCCAGAUCGACCGGGGCUACGACACCGUCCCCCGGGGCGCGGAGCCGAGGGCCGAGGACGAUGAACCGUCCGCCACCGCCGAGUACACCAGCAAGAUAGACGCGUUGGAUGAUGCACAGCUACAUAGGCGGUUCGAGGAGAUGCUGGCGGACAUGAAUCUCAAUGAAGAAAAGAAGGAACCUUUGAGAAAAUACCCUCGAGAUCAGAAGAAGAAGAUGUUAGUCGCUUAUAAGUUCGUCAACACACAGGAAGGUCGGUCGAAGUUUGAGAAACCGUCAGAUUAUGUCACGUACCUUAAUCAACCGGAGUUGUCUGUGGGUAAACUACACGGAUGUUUGGAGAACCUUAGGAUAUCAUUGACAAAUAACCCGCUGUCGUGGAUCGAGGAGUUUGGGACGAAAGGCAUUGAAAGCUUGCUGACGACCUUGAACCAGUGCUAUACGAAUGACUCCCGAUACGACCGGGUCCAGUAUGAAUGCAUCAGAUGUCUAUCAGCGAUCCUCAAUAAUACAGUCGGUAUACGGACCAUGUUCGAGUGCCGGGAGGCGUUACCAGUACUCGCCAGGAGUUUGGACGCCAGGAAACCACACUGCGCUCUUGAAGCCGCAAAGGUGCUAGCUGCCAUAUGUUUGAUCCCUAAUGGACACGAGAAGGUUCUGGAAGCAAUCACGAUGGCUGGCGAGUCGAGUCGGAAACCUCGGUUGCUGCCCAUCAUCGAGGGUCUGGAGACCAAGACUCCUGAGAGCUUGAAGACGGGCUGCAUGCAACUUAUGAACGCGAUAAUCACGGAACCUGAAGAGUUGGAGUUUCGAUUACAUCUCCGCAGUGAAUUCAUGAGGACUGGACUCUAUGACUGGAUCGACGAACUUCGGUCUGGAGCGGAGGGCGCGCGUCAGAUUCAAAUGAAUGUAUUCGACACGCACGCCGCCGCCGACCAGGACGAGUUCCUUGCCAAGUUCGACGAUGUCCGAGUGGAUUUCAACGACGUGAACGAGUGUUUCGAGUUAGUGAAGAACUUGGUGAUGGACACUCCCGCCGAGCCGUACUUACUCUCAAUAUUACAACAUCUGCUAUAUAUCAGGGAUGAUGAGCUUAUCAGGCCAGCAUACUACAAGUUGGUAGAAGAAUGUAUAACCCAGAUAGUUCUCCACAAGAACGGCUACGACCCGGACUUUAGGGCGACGCAGCGAUUCAAUAUAGACGUUCAACCACUCAUUGAUGGACUUAUUGAAAAAUCCCGAGCCGAAGAAGAGAGGCGAGUAGAAGAAUUAAAAUCUAAAUUAGAAGCUGCCAUAGCGGCUCGACAAGAAGCUGAGGCACGCGCCGCCCAUCUAGAGGAGAGACUCAAGGCCGCACCCAACACAGGACCCGCGGGGGUCACGCAUAAUAACAUCGCUGCCAUCGCCAAAGUAAUAUCGAGUCCCGGCGGACCUCCACCGCCGCCGCCGCCGCCGAUGCCCGGAGGACCCUGUGCACCGCCGCCGCCGCCUAUGCCGAUGUCAGUCAACUCUGGCGCUCCUCCACCGCCCCCUAUGCCUUCAGCAGGAGGAGGUCCACCCCCACCGCCACCGCCCCCGAUGCCUGGCGGGCCGCGUGGACCCCCACCGCCCCCGAUGCCGGGUAUGGGGGGCCCGCCACCCCCUCCGCCCAUGAUGGGAGGACCCCGACCACCACCACCGCCUGGAGGAUUUAUGCCUAGAAUGCCGGUACCAGACGUGUUACCGCACGGCCUGAAACCUAAGAAGAAGUGGGAAGUCGAGGGACCACUGAAACGUGCCAACUGGAAGACUAUAGUGCCGCAGAAGAUGUCCGAGAAGGCAUUCUGGGUCAAGGUACAAGAAGAUAAGCUAGCGUCUCCCGACAUAUUGACUGGGUUGGCGCUCAAGUUCUCGAGUAAACCUGUCGCUAAGAAGAGCGAAGAUGCGGUUGAUAAGGUCCACACGCUGAAGAAAGUCAAAGAUCUGAAGGUGCUAGACAGCAAAGCGGCUCAGAACCUAUCGAUUUUACUAGGCGGUUCAUUAAAACAUAUGUCCUAUGAACAUAUUCGAACCUGCAUACUACGGUGUGAUACGACUGUGCUCACCGCUAACGUACUGGAUUUGUUAAUACAGUACCUACCACCAGCGGACCAAUUGAAGAAGCUAGCUGAGUUGAAGGUUAACAGUGAGGAGUUGACUGAAGCUGAACAGUUCGCCGCGACGGUGGCUGAUAUUAAGCGACUGGUACCAAGACUUAGGAGUCUAGCCUUUAGGGAGCAUUAUGCUGAAAUCAUAUCCGAAGUUAAGCCGGACAUAGUAUCAGGCACAGCCGCCUGUGAAGAGGUGAAAUCCUCAGAGAAGUUCGCCAAAAUACUUGAGCUCCUGCUUCUAUUAGGGAACUAUAUGAACUCGGGCUCUAAUAAUGCUGGUGCAUACGGAUUUGAAAUUAGCUUCUUGACUAAGUUAACAGCAACAAAAGAUUUAGAAAACAAACAAACAUUACUACAUUACUUAGUAGAGACCAUAGAGAAUAAGUUCCCGGAAGUACUUACGUUCGCAGAGGAAAUGCCACACAUAGACAGGGCGGCCCGAGUAUCAAUGGAGAAUCUCCAGAAAGCUCUGAAGAAGAUGGAGAAUGACAUCAAAGCGUUGGAGAUGGAUCUCAACAACUCCAGGGUACCACAGUGUCCAGACGACCUCUUCAACGAGUCCAUGAGCUCGUUCGCAACGGAAUCUCGCGAACAGUGCGACCUCCUGCACUCGAUGUUCAAGAAGAUGGAAGCGUUGUACACCGAGCUCGCGGAGUAUUACGUGUUCGACUCCCAGAAAUACACGCUCGAGGAGUUCUUCUCCGAUAUCAAGACUUUCAAGGAUUCCUUUGUUGCGGCACACACGGAAGUAGCGGCAGCGCGCGAGGCGGCCGCCAGGGCCGCGCGGGCACGCAGCGCGCGCGCCGCCGCCGAGCGGGAGCGGAGGGACCGCACGCACAGAUACCAACAACUGCUCGACAUACACCACGCGCAGGACGGCGUCAUGGACAGUUUGAUGGAAGCUCUACAAAGCGGGUCAGCGUUUAGCAGAGAACGGCCGAGAAAGAAAGCUAACCCACGGGUAGCGGGAGCUGAAAGAAGAGCACAGUUAAGUAGGUCGCGAUCGCGGUCAGGUUUAACGGGGGCGAUGACCACGAGAGAAUUAACUAAUGAAUUGCUGAGCAACGCGUGA